AUGCACAAAUAUCCGCUCCUCCUUGGUCUCCUAAAUGUCGCCAACACCUCCUAUCUAACGCAAAAAAUCGACAUCAACUAUGACAAGCGGAUGAGCCCGUAUUAUAUAAGCGGGAAAACGGUGAACGUCUCCAUCAGCCUGCCAUUGAUGUGGCUGGCCGAGAUAUUGGAAGAUGCGCAGAUUGCUUCUUGGCUAUACUCUUUUACUGUGACAUGGCAAGACGAUCGGCUAAAAUACAGCCCACGACAAUUCGGCAACGAAACACGAAUCUACGUGCCGUCCACCGAGAUCUGGACGCCAAGGCUGAUCGUCUACAACAGUAUCGAGACGAAAAACCUGCUCCAGAAGGGCCAAGAGGAUGUGGCGAUCUACCCCGACGGUUCCGUGGUGAUGCAACUCGUCCAGUUCUCACGGACGCUAUGUGAUAUCUGGGUGCAAAGGAUGCCAUUCGACACCCAGCACUGCGCCCUCGAGGUCGCCUCGCCGCUGCAGCCGCCGAAAUACGUGAGCCUCCACGGCAGUCUCGUCAAACAACCGCCAUUAAUGCGCGGCAACAGCGAAUUCAUAAUGCGAACGCUGGCGGUCGCCGAGUUGAACUACACCCAUAACGGGGAGGGCAUGAAGGAGAUCUCUUUCGUGGCCGAACUUGCACGCUGUCCCAUCUACUUCAUCGUGGUCAUCGUCGCCCCAUCGUUUCUAAUCUCGGCGCUUACCGUAACUGGUAUAUUGAUGCCAAAGGGCGAAUCGGGAGGCCAGGAUGUUAUUUCCGUUGGGUUAUCAAGUAUGCUGGCCCUCUCGAUUACACUCUCGAUCGUCGCCGAGAAUCUCCCCAGAUCGGCGUCAGUUCCGUUGAUAGGCAUCUACAUCCUGGCCUGCCUCGGCGUUUGCACCGCUUCCGUGACCCUCGGAAUCUGGUUGGCACAUCUGAAAACCAGAAGACGCCCCCUGCCCUCAUUCCUCUACAUCUUUGCCGGAAGAUGUCCGGGGAGCGGGAGGAAGAAAGCCGAGGUCAAGUACAGAACCCCUCAAAACGAGGGAACAACCGAAGAUUCAUCGAAAGACGCUGCCAAAAUCGACCGCAUCGUGUUGCAUAGGCUCUACACCCUGGGCUUCGCAACACUCCAGCUGGCCCUGUUGGCCAUUCUCAUCCUAUUCUUCUCCUUCUGGUGGCGCGAACCGCAAAAACCACCGCCGGCCUUCCAGUAUUCGACGAGUCGAAUCCAUUUC